AUGGCGACCGCACGACGGAAACAGGCGUCUAAACAGACGGAUACGAACUGGGACACCGAGUACAACACUCUCCGCCGGGAGAACCUCUUCCGCAACCCGCCGACCGACCACACUGCCUAUCCCAUGCUCCAGCUGGCCGUCGAUCCUCACAUCGAGUCUUUCAACGCCAUCUUCCCCGACGGCGAUGGGCACAGCGGCUUGCCCAAGAAGGGCCUCAUUGCACACAGCAUUGCCGACAUCGGCACCAAGGUGUUCCUCGACGGCGACGACUCGAUGCUCCCCGAAGAGCGCAACCGGAUUUCCAUCCGCUACAAGGAUAUUUCGCUGCAGCGCUGCUACGUGCCGCCGAGCAACAAGUUUGCCAAGGUCCGCGAGAUUUUCCCGGCUGAGUGCAGAGAGCGCCAUGUUUCGUACCGCGGCCGCCUCACAGCGACCCUCGAGUACCAAAUCAACAACAGCGAGCCGCAGGAGAUUGUGCGCGAAUUCGGCCAGGUGCCUCUCAUGGUCAAGUCGAACCGCUGCCACCUGGAGGGCAUGUCCCCCGCGGCCCUGGUCGACCACAAGGAGGAGUCAGAGGAGCUUGGAGGCUACUUUAUCGUCAACGGCCUCGAGAAGAUUAUCCGUCUGCUGCAGGUCACCCGCCGCAACUUUCCCCAUGCCAUCAACCGGCCCAGCUUUCAGAACCGUGGCGCUUCAUACACACCAUUUGGCAUCAUCAUGCGCUCUGUGCGCCCCGACGAAACCUCCCAGACCAACGUCCUACACUACCUCAAGGACGGUAACAUUACCUUCCGCUUCUCCUGGCGCAAGAACGAGUAUCUCGUGCCCGUCAUGAUGAUCCUCAAGGCCCUGGUGGAGACCAACGACCGUGCCAUCUUCGAGGCCAUUGUCGGCUCGGCUGGCUCCAAGGGCCUCGAAAACACCUUCUUGACCGACCGUGUCGAGCUGCUGCUGCGCACUUACGAGCACUACAACCUGUACACCAAGUCCGCCACGCGCGCCUAUCUGGGCGAAAAGUUCCGCAUUGUCCUGGGAGUGCCGAGCACCAUGUCCAACUACGACGUCGGCACCGAGUUCCUGCGCAAGAUUGUGCUCGUGCACCUCGGCAAUGUCAACGUCACCGAGGCGCAGGACGCCGACAAGUUCCGCUCGCUGAUCUUCAUGGUCCGCAAGCUGUACGCCCUCGUGGCUGGCGACUGUGCCGUCGACAACCCCGAUGCAGUCCAGAACCAGGAGAUCCUGCUGGGUAGCUUCCUGUACAGCCAGAUCCUCAAGGAGAAGCUCGAUGAGUUCCUGUCCGUGAACCUCCGCGAGUCUCUGCGCUUUUACUGGCGACGGGCACCAGCAAACAACCUGCUCUCGGAGGGCUUCGCAAGGGACUUCCCUGCCAAUAUCUUCCGCCGUGCCAACGAAAAUCUCGGCAACUCCCUCGAAUACUUCUUGUCCACCGGAAACCUGCAGAGUCCGUCUGGUCUGGACCUGCAGCAAACCUCAGGUUUCACUGUCAUCGCUGAAAAGCUCAACUUUUUGCGUUUCAUCAGCCACUUCCGCAUGGUUCAUCGUGGUAGUUUCUUCGCUCAGCUCAAGACCACCACUGUGCGUAAGCUGCUGCCGGAGUCAUGGGGUUUCCUGUGCCCCGUGCACACCCCCGAUGGCUCACCCUGCGGGCUACUGAACCAUCUGGCACACAAGUGCAAGAUCAUGACUAAAGCUGUCGACGCCUCGGCGGUGCCGCGGCUCGCCGCCGAGCUGGGCGUGGUCGAGACGUCGUCUGCCGCCACGGACGAGAGCGUUGUCGUCAUGCUGGACGGCAAGGUCCUUGGCUGGUGCUCGCCCAAGGAGGCCAAGCGCCUGGCUGACACCAUCCGCUACUGGAAGGUCCAGGGCAAGAACAACGUGCCAGUCGAGCUCGAGAUCGGCUAUGUCCCGCAGUCCAACUCUGGCUCGUAUCCAGGGGUCUACAUGUCCUCGACUCCGUCUCGCAUGGUACGCCCCGUCAAGUACCUGCCCACCGACCAGGACGACUUUGUCGGCCCGCAUGAACAGGUGUACAUGUCGAUUGCCGUCACCGAGCCCGAGAUCAUCUCUGGCAAGACUACACAUGUCGAACUGCACCCGACCAACAUGCUCUCCAUCCUCGCCAACAUGACGCCCUUCUCCGACUUCAACCAGUCCCCCAGAAACAUGUACCAGUGCCAGAUGGGUAAGCAAACGAUGGGCACGCCUGGCACGGCCCUCCGCUACCGCACAGACAACAAGACCUACCGCAUCCAAACGGGCCAGACACCCGUCGUGCGCGCACCGCUCCACAACGCAUACGGAUUCGACAACUUCCCGAACGGCGCGAACGCGGUCGUCGCUGUCAUCUCGUACACGGGCUACGACAUGGACGACGGUAUGAUUAUCAACAAGUCGGCGCUCGACCGCGGCUUCGGCUACGGCUCCAUUUACAAGACCAAAAAGAUUACCCUCAAGGAGGAUACCAGGACUCGCACCGCUAAGCACGUGACGAAGAUGUUUGGUUUUGCCCCCGGCGCCUUUGUUAGCGGCCCGUCGCGUGCCAUGCUCGACGACGACGGCCUGCCGUACGUCGGGCUCAAGGUCAAGGAGGGCGAUGCGCUGUGUGCCUGGCACACAGUGUCGGCCGACUACAGCGGUGCGCUCGUCAACCGCGACGGCCAGACCCACUACGAGAAGUACAAAGACAGCGAAGAGGCCUACGUCGAGGAGGUACGUAUUAUUGGCAACGAGAACGGCAACGAGCCGAACCAGACCAUCUCCAUCAAGCUGCGCGUACCCCGCCUGCCCAUCAUCGGCGACAAGUUCUCGUCGCGUCACGGACAAAAGGGUGUCAUGUCGCAAAAGUGGCCAUCCACCGACAUGCCCUUCUCCGAGUCCGGCAUCCAGCCCGACGUCAUCAUCAAUCCCCAUGCUUUCCCGUCGCGCAUGACCAUUGGCAUGUUUAUCGAGUCGCUGGCCGGCAAGGCGGGCGCCCUGCAUGGCCUGGCCCAGGACUCGACGCCGUUCCAGUUCGACGAGGAGAACACGGCAGGCGACUACUUUGGCCACCAGCUGAUGAAGGCUGGCUUCAACUACCACGGCAACGAGCCGAUGUACUCGGGCAUUACGGGUGAGGAGCUCGCCGCCGACAUUUACGUGGGUGUUGUCUACUAUCAGCGUCUGCGCCACAUGGUCAACGACAAGUACCAGGUGCGUACCACGGGUCCUGUCGUUGCGACCACCGGCCAACCUAUCAAAGGUCGUAAGCGUGGUGGUGGUAUCCGUGUCGGUGAGAUGGAGCGCGAUGCGCUGUUGGCGCACGGCACGGCCUUUUUGCUGCAGGACCGCCUGCUCAACUGCUCCGACUACUCGCGCACAUGGAUCUGCCGCACGUGCGGCUCGUUCUUGUCGGUGCAGCCGACCGUAUCGCCGUUUGUCGGCAAGCGCAAGGCCAUCAACACGGUGCGCUGUCGCCGCUGCGCGUCGCGUGUCGAGGAUCUCGAGGAGCUGGUCGAGGUCGCCCGAAAGAGCGGCACCGAUGGCAAGCCCACCAAGGAGACGCUGGCGCUGAUGGACCGCCUGGCGCGCGAGGAGAUCUGGGAGGACGGACACGGCGUGCAAUGGGUGGGCGGCACCGAUACCACGCAAGUCGUUGUGCCCGGCGCGCUGAAGUACCUGGACGUGGAGCUUGCAGCCAUGGGCGUGAAGCUCAAGUACCGCGUCGAUCCUAAGGAUGCGCCGCGUCGCGGUCCUCUGCGGCCUGCCCAAUGGGACGGCACGCAGCUGCAGGAGUUGACAGCGGCUGCCUCUGGUCAUUGUCUUCUACCACGAGUCGCCGCCAACGCAUACGACUAUGGUUUCGACGUGGCUGAGCAUCUUUCCCGGCGUUCUUUUGGUUCGCCAUACGAUGCAGAGACGCCUUUUGUUGUCGGGGCCCUCGCUGGCGACCGCAAUGGCACGCUACCCCCCCGGCAGGAAAUACGGCAGAUGGAGAAGAAUACAGAUAUUUGGACGCUGUACAUCCUUGGUCUCAACAUGAUGCAGUACGUGGACCAAUCACACUUACUCUCGUACUAUCAGAUUGCUGGAAUCCACGGUGUGCCAUGGAUCGAGUGGAACGGCGUUGCACCCAGUCCUGGCAGCGAGAAUACCGGCUAUUGCACGCACGUCUCGGAGCUCUUUCUAACUUGGCACCGUCCGUAUCUUGCUCUCUACGAGCAAAUUCUCUUCUCGUUGAUUGAAUAUAUUGCCUCACUUUAUUUAGACGACGACGAACGCGACCGUUAUCAGACGGCCGCCAUGAAUUUUCGAAUUCCGUAUAUGGACUGGGCGACCCAGCCGCCCGCAGGCGAAAGUGUGCUCCCAUUAAGCGUCGGAGGCAGUCCAUUUAUCAACGCAUCUGGACCGAAUGGCAUCCAGCGCAUCGCUAAUCCCCUGUAUACGUACCUUUUCAAACCUUUGAACACCACGAUGUUUAUCGAGGCACCGUACGAUUUGUGGCUGACGACCGUACGGGCGCCCACGGCUCAAGACUCCUCGGCUGGGUCUAACAACACUGCAGUCUCUCUAGCCCUUAACCAAAACUUUCCAUCCAUCCAGCAGCGGCUGUACAACUUGUUCUCGAACUACCAAAACUACAGCACAUUCAGUAACGAGGCUUGGAUUCCGACAUCAUCUAGUGGCAAGUAUGAUUCGCUCGAGUCUCUUCACGAUACCAUCCACACACUCACCGGCCUUCAGGGGCACAUGGCGUGGAUCCCCUUUUCCGCUUUCGAUCCCAUAUUCUUCUUACACCAUGCCAUGGUCGACCGUGUUUUUGCCUUGUGGCAGAUCUUAAACCCAGACUCUUGGAUUGUCCCGACACCAUCUACCCUCGCCAGCUAUACUACAGCGCAAGGUGACAUUCAAGACUCGCAAACACCUCUAACUCCAUUCUACAAGGCACAUAACGGCACUUUCUGGACGUCGGACGAUGUCCGAGAUAUGGCCGUGUUUGGAUAUACCUAUGAGGACAUGGUGGAGAUUCCACAUGAAAAGAUCAAACGCCCUCCACCGUCGGUCGUCGUGGACAAUGAAUACCGUGAAUGGGUGGCCAAUAUCCACGCCAAGAAACAGGCUCUCAACAGCACUUUCUUCAUCGACCUGUUCCUGGGGGACGUGCCUCCUGACACAACGAUGUGGUCCUAUGCGUCCAACCUUGUCGGAACGAUGAGCGUGUUCGCAUCUCCAGCAGGUGCCAUGGCUGGUAUGGACAUAAGUGCUGGCCACACGUCCGGCACCAUCCCGCUCACCUCGGCUUUAGCACAAAAAGUUGGCAAUGGGGAGUUGGCAAGUCUUGAACCCAAAGAUGUUGAGCCGUAUCUUUUCAAAAACCUGCACUACGGCAUCGUCAAGACUGAUGGUGUGGUCGUUGCGCCUGGAGAUGUGUCCGGACUGAGAAUUACGAUUGUCAGUUCGUGUGUGCAGGUGCCGUCGAGUGCCGAGGAGCUCCCUCGCUGGGGCUCCGUCGAAGACCAUUUUGAUUUAAUCUAA